AUGGAAGAGGAAAACCAGACAGGAGUGGUCUACUUCCACUUCCACCCUUUCUCAACGGACCCAGCAGUGGCUCGCCUCAUAUUUGUGGCCCUCUUGCUGUUGUUCUUAGGAAGUCUUGUUGGAAACAUCACCAUUGGGCUCACCAUCUGGAGAGAUCACUCCCUCCAUACCCCAAUGUAUUUCUUCCUUUUUGUUCUGGCCAUGCUGGAAAUUGGCUACUCUACCAACAUUGCUCCCCUGACUCUCGCUAGCGUCCUUUCCAUGGGGCAGAUGCUUAUCUCCCUCCCAGCCUGUCGGACCCAGAUGUUCUUCUUCGUCCUUCUUGGAGGGUCUGACUGUGUCUUGCUUGCUGUCAUGGCCUACGACAGGUACGUGGCCAUCUGUCACCCACUGCAUUACAAGCUCAUCGUGAGUUGGCAGCUCUGUGGGCAGAUGACUUUAGGUUCUCUGGGGCUGGGAUUCCUGUUGUCACUGCCUUUGACCAUUCUGAACUGCCGCCUUCCAUUCUGUGGCCACAAUGAGAUCUACCACUUCUUCUGUGACAUGCCUGCAGUCAUGCGCCUGGCCUGUGCAGACACCCAUGUAUAUGAGGCUGUUGUCUACGCCAUUGGUGUGGCCGCCGUGGCUGUCCCCUUCCUCCUUAUCUGCCUCUCCUACAGCUGCAUCAUGGCCACCCUCCUGAGGAUGAAUUCAGCUAAGGGAAAGCAUCGGGCUUUCUCCACCUGUUCCUCCCACCUCAUCGUGGUUCUCCUGCAGUAUGGGAGCUGCACUCUUAUCUACCUUCGCCCCAGGUCCAGCUACUCUCCAGAAGAGGGCCGGGCAGUGUCUGUUGUCUACACCUUUUUUUCACCAUUGCUAAACCCUUUGAUCUACAGCAUAAGGAAUCAAGAGGUGACUGACGCAGUAAGAAGACUUUCGGCAAGAAUGUGCUGGUUCAGGAAACCAGAAAUAUUCCUUGCUAGAAAAAAUAUUGCCCAAACCAGGAGGAGCAGCAUGAUCUGA